CGUACGAGAGACGUGUAUCGUGUAUUCACUGCAGCUGAAAGAUUUUGAUUUUUAGUGAAUAUAUCUUUCCGUGAGUCCUACAUGGUCCGUGGAAGAAAUGCGUUGAAAGUUUAUAUUUGACAGUUAGACAACAAAUACAAGAAAUAACAUCUGAAACGUACAAUGAAUGAUUACAAAAUACCAAUAAUCGAGCCAACUAUCGAUUGUACGAAGGUACCACCAAUUAAUCAAAAAAGAACAAUUUCUUUCAUUAAUCAUUUUAUUGUACAUACUGUAACAUUUCUUAAUAAAUUUACCUUGUCCUGCGAAGAAAGAUUAUUAGAAUUUGAAUACAAAUUGCAAAGGAUAGAAGCCUCAUUAGAAAUUUUAGAAUCUUGGUUAUCAUCUGUCCCUGGUUUGGAACAAAAUCAAAGUACAAAAAAUGCUGUAGAAAAUAAUGAUAAUAAGCAGGAAGAAAAAAAUAUAUCUAAAAUAGAUGAAACUGAUAGUAACAAAGAAGAUAAAUUUGAAGAACAACAGAUAGAAAAUCAAGUCGUAAAUAGAGAUCCACGUUAUGAAAAAUAUUUAAAAAUGAUACAUUUUGGUGUACCAAAAGAAGCUGUUAAAUUAAAGAUGGAACAAGAAGGAUUGGAUUCGUCUAUUUUAGAGUAAGUGCUAUUUAAAAUGUUUUAAAAUUCACCUUUAUGGUAAAAUACAAUAAAAAAAUUAAUUAAUAUAUAUUGAAGUUUAAUAAAUGAAAUAAUGUCUAUGAAGUGUUCAUGCAUCAUUCAUUGAAGUAAUUAACAUCAUUGUUAUUUUUUAUAUUAACAGUGAUUCCCAGCAAAUAAUUUCUAAGCCGAAAUCUGCAGAUAAUGGUGAGAAUAAAGGAGAUUAAAUAUUUAGUUAUAUUCUUAUAUUAAAUACGUGAAAUAUUUUUACGUUAUAAAAUUUAGUUAAUAAAAUAAACAGUUAUACAAAUUUCAGGAAUUUAUUUCAUUUCUUAUUAAAUACAUAUAGAAAGUUAACACAUAAUUCCACCUUAGAACUGAAUCAUUUGUCCCUAGAAAAAGAAUAUUUCAUUUUAAUUUAUUUAGUAUUAAUUAAUUAAUAUGUAAAAUAUGUCAAAUACCUUUCUUUUUUUAUCGCCUCCUAAUUCAAAAUGUUUACAUCUUUUAAGAGGAAUUUGUUUCCUAUAUUUACAUUCUGUACAUUCCAUUCUUAAGACAAUCUUUUUGGUAGUUUUUGCCUACAUAAAAAAUAUAAAAUUAAUAUCAAAAUGAUAAUUAUAUCAAUGUUAUUGAUAUUAAAUAAUAAUAUUUAAAAAAUUACCUUUUUUCUGAAUAUAGGUUUGGUUUGUCCACCAAAGCCUUGCUGUUUACGGUCGUAACGUCUCCUACCUUGUGAUGCAUGACGUUCUUUGCUUUUUUUAUAUUGUGUUACUUUAUGGGGUUUAUGUACUUUGCACUUUUUACAAAAAGUGCGUCUCUGCUUUGGUACAUUUACCUGAAAACAUUGCAAUAAAAGAUUAGAAUAUUACAGUAAUCAUUAUUUUUAAAUAUAUAAUUAAAAUGAAGCUUAAAUUAAUUCUUUAUUUCUACUAAUUUCAAAUUAUUUUUUUAUUUCUUUGUAAUACUGAUAAGUUUUAUAUUCAAUUUUAAAAAUAAUAAUAGAACUUGUUACUUUUGGAGGUUAUGUUAUUACUAUUACAAUUGUUUGA